GAGCCUUGCCGCUCGCGGGCUGGGGGGAGAGGAGAGGAGAGGAGCGGAGCCCCGCCAGAGCCAGCCAUGCAUCCCGGGGCUUCUCUGCUCUCCUUGGUGCUGUGUGCCUUUGGGACGUUCUCCGGAGCUCGCUCGAGGCAUGCAGACGCCUUGUUGACGGAGAUGGAGCGGAGGGAUGAGGAUCGCUUCGUGGAGCGGCAAAAUAUCGUCCCUUUCCGGCUGAUCUAUAGCGCGGGCGAAGGCAACGGAACUCAGCACGAGCCGCUCAACACCCGCAUCGGGAGCCGUUCGGCUGGGAAGCAGUCUACUCAUAUUGCCCGAGCCAGCUUCCAAGUUGAUGCUUUUGGAUCUUCUUUCAUCCUGGAUGUAGAAUUAAAUCAUGAUUUACUAUCUUCAGACUACCUUGAGAGACAUAUUGAACAUGGAGGAAAGAUGGUGGAAGUUAAAGGAGGAGAACAUUGUUAUUACCACGGCCACCUGCGAGGGAAUCCAGAAUCCUUUGUUGCCCUUUCAACAUGCCAUGGGCUUCAUGGCAUGUUCUAUGAUGGAAAUCACACAUAUCUUAUUGAACCAGAAGAAAACUACACCUCACAUGAGGAAUUCCAUUUACAUUCUGUUUAUAAAUCCAGAUUAUUCGAAUUUCCUCUGGAUGAUCUUCCCUCUGAAUUCUGGCGCAUGAAUACCACAUCACAAAGAUUUGUUAUGAGACCAAGACACAGAAGAAGGAAAAGGCAGGUCCAUCAGACUCCACAAAAGGUUGAAGAGGAAACAAAAUAUGUUGAGCUAAUGAUUGUAAAUGAUCAUCUAAUGUUCAAAAAGCACCGAUUAUCAGUUGUCCUCACAAACAACUUUGCUAAAUCAGUAGUGAACGUGGCAGAUUUCAUUUAUAAAGAACAACUCAACACCAGGAUAGUAUUGGUUGCUAUGGAAACCUGGAGUACUGAUAACAAGUUCACCAUAUCUGAAAACCCACUGGUGACUCUGCGUGCAUUUAUGAAAUACAGGAGGGAUUUUAUCAAAGAGAAAAGUGAUGCAGUUCAUCUUUUUUCAGGGAGUCAGUUUCAGAGCAGUCGCAGUGGGGCAGCUUACAUUGGUGGAAUUUGCUCGUUACUGAAAGGUGGAGGUGUGAAUGAAUUUGGAAAAUCUGAUUUAAUGUCAGUUACGUUGGCGCAGUCCUUAGCUCACAAUCUUGGUAUUUUCUCGGACAAAAGAAAACUGCAAAGUGGUGAGUGUAAAUGUGAGGAUACAUGGUAUGGAUGCAUAAUGGGAGACACUGGCUACUUUCUUCCAUCCAAGUUCUCCAAAUGUGAUAUUGAGGAGUAUCAAGAAUUUUUAAAUAAUGGAGGUGGAGCUUGCCUUUUCAAUAAGCCUUCCAAGCUUCUUGAUCCUCCGGUAUGUGGCAAUGGUUUUGUUGAAGCCGGUGAAGAGUGCGACUGUGGGACUCCCGCAGAAUGUGCAGUUGAAGGAGGCGAUUGCUGUAAUAACUGCUCUCUAACGGCUACCUCCCAAUGCAGUGAUGGACUUUGUUGUAAGAAAUGCCAGUUUGAAGAAAAGGGAGUUGUGUGCAGAGGAGCAGUAAAUGAUUGUGAUAUUCCAGAACGUUGUUCAGGAUCUUCCAAUCAGUGUUCUCCAAAUCUCCAUAAAAUGGAUGGGUACUCAUGUGAUAACAAACAGGGUGCUUGUUUUGGAGGACGAUGCAAAACAAGAGACAGACAGUGUAAAUAUAUUUGGGGAGAACAUGUGACAGCUGCUGACAAAUAUUGCUAUGAUAGACUGAAUAUAGAAGGGACUGAGAAAGGUAACUGUGGCAGAAACAGAGAUACUUGGAUACAGUGUGAAAACCAGGAUGUACUUUGUGGCUAUCUUCUGUGCUCCAACAUCAUCUUUAACACCCCAAGACUUGGUGAACUUGAAGGUGAAAUCACAUCAUCUUCUUUCCAAACUUUGGUGAAAUCCUAUAACUGCAGUGGUGGUCAUGUUAAGCUAGAGGAAGAUGCAGAUCUUGGCUAUGUAGAAGAUGGGACUCCCUGUGGCCCUGACAGGAUAUGCUGGGAACACAAAUGUCUUGCUAUGGAUUCAUUUAACUUCAGCUCCUGCCCAGGAAGCACAGGAGGCAACAUUUGUUCGGGACAUGGAGUUUGCAGUAAUGAAAUACAGUGUGUCUGUGAUCCAUUCUGGACAGGUGAAGAUUGCAACAUCAGCCUCGCUGAACAAAAAAGUGUCAAUAAUAUUACCACUCCAGGUGUGGCUAGCACAAAUAUUAUUAUAGGUGCCAUUGCUGGUACCAUUUUAGUGUUGGCUCUCAUUCUGUGCAUAACUGCUUGGGGUUACAAAAACUAUCGAAGACAGAGGUCAAACGGAUUAUCUCAUUCAUGGAGUGAAAGAAUCCAAGAUGCAAAGAACCUUUCGGACAUCUGUCAAAAUGGGAGACCAAGAAGUAACUCAUGGCAAGGUAAUAUAGGAGGAAACAGAAAGAAAGGCAAAGGCAAAAGAUUUAGGCCACGGUCCAAUUCAACUGAGUAUUUAAACCCAUGGUUCAAAAGAGAAUAUAAUGUAGCUAAGUGGGUAGAAGAUGUGAAUAAAAACACUGAAGGACCCUACUUUAGGACUCUUUCUCCUGCAAAGUCCCCAUCAUCAUCUACUGGUUCCAUUGCCUCCAGCAGAAAAUACCCAUAUCCCAUGCCUCCACUUCCUGAUGAAGAGAAAAAAGCCAACAGAGCAAGUGCCAGGCUAUGGGAGACUUCCAUUUAGUUCCACUGUCUGAGCUGAUGCCAGAAUGGUUUACUUCAGGUUUUAUACAAACUCAGCAUCACUGAGUCACUGAACAUUCAUCUGCUUAUUGGACAGUUUGACAGGACAGAGAUGUGCAUCGGCAGGGAGCAAACAACUUCUCCUGGUGAUGGAAUGGUCAAUUUUCUGCAGCUGACUAGAAUUUUGUUAAUGACAAGUGUGAGAACAACCAAACAAUAGAAAAAAUAUUAACCUGUGGGACUGAACAUGAUAUGGUUAUUCCGCAUGAUGACAGAUAAUAUGUAGACAUGCUGCUAAAACUAAUUGGAGUCCCAACUGUGGGUUUUCUCUGGUCUAAUAUAGUCCCAAAUAACUAAAAAAAAGGAAUUCAGAAUUUGGUAUGUAAACAUUUAUGCUAUGUGCAUGAAUCCCUUUGUUCUCCACUUUCCAUGUGUAAAGGAUUAAUCAUUAUAUCGUAGUAGAAUUAGCAUGCAGGAAUAUGAAAUGGAAGACUUUUCCACAGGUGGGGUCUAAAGCUAUGAGACGCAAACAUUUGACAUAAGCAUCGAACAAAAAAGUGAAUUUUUUUACCUUUUGUGAUUAUAUUCUCAGUACAAGAAAUGCAUAUAUGUGUAAAAAGUUAUAAAAUACCAACAAAGCAAUCAUAUAUAAUGUGGUGUUUGUCUGAAAAAUCAUCAUGGCUGAACAUUA